CACAACUGGCAGGUGAUGUGGGGCUGUGAGCUCAAGAAAGAUGGGAGCAAAGGAGGGUUUUUGCACUAUGGCUACGAUGGGAGGGACUUCAUCAGCUUUGAUAAGGAGACCCUCAGAUGGGUGGCAGCUCAACCCCAGGCUGAGAAGGUCAAGGAGAAAUGGGAGGAUCAUCCAGGGUGGACCCAGAAGAAAAAAAUCUACCUGGAGAAGACCUGUAUUGAGUGGCUCCAGAGAUACUGGUUCUACAGGAAGAAGGCUCUACAGAGGAUGGAGCCCCCAGUGGGGAACCUGACUCGCAAGGUGGUUGAUGACAGCCUGGAGGUCCUCAUCUGCCAGGCCUUUGGCUUCUACCCCAAGGAGAUCCAGGCCACCUGGACCAGGGACGGAGAGAUCUGGGAAACCAAGACCUCUAGUAGGAACGUGUCCCCCACCUCAGACGGGACCUAUUAUGUCAGGCUCUGCAUUGAGAUCGACCCCAAGGAGAGGGACCGUUUUAGGUGUCGCCUGGAGCACAAGGGCUUGCAGGGGCCCCUGGUCUUGGCUUUCAAGAAGGAAACAGCUCUGAGGGAAGAAUGUGGGAAGCAAGUAUUGGGCACCCUGGAAAAAUAA